UGAUGAUGGGAUGGAUGUGAAUAUGGGCCAGUGGGCAGGCAUGCGAGUCCCACGCCUCGGCCUGGCCCUGCUGUUGCCUUUGCUGCUCUUCAAGCCACAACUCUGCUGCAGCCAGAGCACACAGGGGGCCCCACAGGAUGGACCUCACUUUGGCUUCACUCAGGCUGUCUACCAUGCCACAGUUUAUGAAAACUCAGCAGCACGCACAUAUGCCAACAGUAAAGUUAAAAUGGGCAUCCACUUGGCCCAGCGCUCCUGGGAGAUCCGGUACAGAAUCACCUCAGGUGAUGAUGAAGGGCUUUUUAAGGCAGAGGAGUUUGUGCUCGGGGACUUCUGCUUCUUGCGCAUAAGAACUAAGGGUGGCAAUGCAGCCAUCUUGAACCGCGAGAUCCAGGAUAAUUAUGUAUUGACAGUCAAAGCCUCUGUCAAGGGAGAGGCUUUCCUUGAGACCUGGACUAAAGUCAGCAUCCAAGUCUUGGAUAUGAAUGACCUACGUCCCUUGUUCUCACCCACCACUUACUCCGUCACCAUAGCGGAGAGCACACCUCUCAGGACUAGCAUAGCACAAGUUACUGCCACAGAUGCCGAUAUUGGCUCUAAUGGGGAGUUUUACUACUUUUUCAAGGAGAAAAUGGAGCUAUUUGCAGUACACCCAACCAGUGGAGUAGUUUCUCUUAGUGGAAAGCUAAAUAUUGAAGAGCAGAAUCGGUAUGACUUAGAAAUCCUCGCAGUGGACCGUGGCAUGAAGCUCUAUGGAAAUAAUGGGGUUAGCAGCACAGCGAAGCUCUUUGUUCAUGUAGAGCGCAUAAAUGAGCAUGCCCCAGUGAUGAAUGUGGUCACACACAACCCAUCUUGGCUUGACAAAAACCCCGUGUAUGCCAUGGUCACUGUUGAUGACCUAGAUGAAGACAUAAAUGGAGAAAUAGACUCAGUUGACAUUGUUGGUGGAGACCCCUCAGAGCAAUUCUUCAUAGAAAGAUCCGAGGAGGGCGAGUUUGCUAUCAAGGCUUCUGAGUCAGUAAAUUGGGAGCUAUAUCCUCAUGGCUUUAACCUCACUCUUCAGGCUAAAGAUAGAGGAACCCCACAAAAGUUCUCUGCUGUCAAGGUUGUCCACAUUACUGCCAAGAAACGCCAGACAGAGGAAGCGAAAUUUGAGCAAGAGUUGUAUGAGGUUAGCUUGAAUGAAAUCUCACCCCCAGGCACAAUUGUAGAAGCUGUAAAAAUCAAACCAGAGCCUGAUGAUGCGGAAUACAUCCUGGCACCGUCUGCAGAUUCAGCUUUCUUUCAAAUGAACACCUUAACGGGUGUCAUUUCCACAGCUAGGUGGUUCACUCAAGUGAGCCAGGAUGUCUUUAAUCUCGAGGUCAUGGAAAUAGACAGUGAGCUCAAAGUUAAAGUACGCGUGAUUAUCGAGGAUGCCAACGAUAACACGCCGACUUUUGCUCAGUCCUCUUAUGAGAUUUUUGUGAACGAAAGUGUGCCAGUUGGAACCAAUGUAUUAACCGUAUCUGCAGUGGAUGAGGAUAAAGGAGAAAAUGGAUACAUAACUUACAGCAUUUCUAGCCUUCAGCCAUUACCUUUCAAAAUCAAUCAGUUUUCCGGUGUCAUCAGCACCACUAAGGAGCUUGACUUUGAAUCGUCACCGGAGAGCUUUGUGUUUGUUGUCAGAGCAUCUGACUGGGGAUCACCCUAUAGACGAGAGAGUGAAGUCAAUGUAACAAUCCACUUGGAAAACGUAAAUGAUAACAAGCCAUUGUUUGAGAAUGUUGCAUGCCAAGGUGUGAUCUCAAGGGAUUUCCCAGUGGAUGAAGCAAUCACCACAAUGUCAGCAAUUGACAUAGAUGAGUUAGAGCUAGUGAAGUACAAAAUAAUUUCAGGGAACGAAUUGGGAUACUUUGACCUGAACCCAGAUUCAGGGGUCCUUGCACUGCAACAUUCCCUUGCCACAGCCAAUCCAAAGAAUGGCGUUUUCAGUCUAAAGAUAACUGCCACCGAUGGUGAGAACUUUUCUGAUCAUAUGUUUGUUAACAUCUCAGUUGUUCAUGGUAAAUCUCCUCCUCGAGGUUUCAACUGUAAAGAGACAAAGGUAGCCCAAAAAUUAGCUGAAAAGCUGCUCAAAAAGUCCAAAGCCAGCACCAAGCCCAAAAUUGAGGAAGGAUUCAUUGACCUUUUCUCUGUCAAUCGGCAAACACCCCAGUUUGACAAAGCUUUUCCCACAGAUAUUGCUGUGAUGGAAGACCUACCUGUUGGCUCAAGUGUUUUCAAGGUAAAUGCCUAUGAUGGCGACACAGGUUUCAACGGUCAGAUUCUACACUCGAUUUCAGAUGGAAACCCUGACAGUUGUUUCACCAUUCACAUGGAGACAGGCCUCAUUAGUGUCUUUCUGCCCCUGGACAGAGAAAAGAGAGAUCGUUAUCUCCUCAACCUGACAAUCUUUGACCUUGGCUUGCCACAGAAAACUGCGUGGCGUUUGUUAACUGUCUACAUUGAAGACGCUAAUGAUAAUGCACCCCAAUUUUUGCAAGAGGGAGGCUAUCGAAUUGUCAUACCUGAAAACACAGCCAUAGCUACAGAUGUCAUUCAGGUUGAGGCCACUGACAAGGAUCUUGGACCCAAUGGGGAGAUUGUGUAUUCUGUAUUGACCAGCACCACACAGUUUAGUAUCAACUCCACUAACGGCAUAGUGUAUGUAGCUGGCCAACUGGACAGGGAGUUCGUAUCUACUUUUAAACUGAAGAUUGAGGCUCGUGACAAGGCAGAGCGAGGGAGCCAGAAGUUUUCUGUGACCACAUUAAAAAUCAUAUUGGAGGAUGUGAAUGACUGCCCCCCACUAUUUAUUCCCAGUAUAUACAAAGCCAAGGCUCUAGAGGAUCUUCCAGUGGGAACAGUUGUAGCUUGGUUAGAAACCCUGGAUCCAGAUUUGGGGUUGGGAGGCCAGGUCAGAUACUCUCUUUCGAAUGACUAUAACGGAUGGUUUGAAGUGGACAAAGCCAGUGGAGCUAUCCGGCUGACCAAGGAGCUUGACUAUGAGACUCAGCAAUUCUACAACCUAACCGUAAAGGCCAAAGACAAGGGGAGGCCUGUGUCUCUUCUCUCUGUCACGUUUGUGGAGGUGGAGGUGGUAGAUGUGAAUGAGAACCUCUACACCCCAUACUUUUCCCACUUUGCCCUGACAGGAUUAGUGAAAGAGAAUGCCCGUAUUGGAACUACUCUUCUUCAAGUCACUGCUAAUGAUGAUGACACCGGCAGAGAUGGAGAAAUCCAGUACUCUAUACGUGAUGGCAGUGGGCUUGGAAGAUUUGCCAUUGAUGAAGAGACAGGUGUGAUCUACACCACCGACAUGUUGGACCGCGAGACCAAGGACUCGUAUUGGCUCACGGUGUACGCCAGUGACCACGGCGUGGUUCCCCAGUUCGCCACCAUCGAGGUGUUUGUCCAGGUUGAGGACGUUAACGACAAUGCCCCCCUGACCUCAGAGCCACUGUACCGACCCUCGGUGCCAGAGAACUCCCCGCGCGACGUUUCCGUCAUCCAGAUUCAGGCGCAGGAUCCUGACACCGCACCCGCCGCUGCUGCCGACAGGCUGAGCUACCGCGUCAUCAGUGGAAACCCACAGAACUUCUUCACCAUAAACAGCCGCACCGGUCUAAUCACCACAACCUCAAGGAGGCUGGACCGUGAACAACAAACAGAGCAUGUUUUAGAGGUGUUGGUGUCAGAUGGCGGUCCUAGCCCCAGACAAACAACAGUUUGGGUGAUGGUUCAGGUACUGGAUGAAAAUGACAACAAGCCCACGUUUCCAGAGAAGGUUUACCAGGUCAAACUUCCCGAGAGAGAGCGCAGGAAAAAGGGCGAGGCCAUCUAUCGGGUGUUUGCCUACGACCGGGACGAUGGGCCCAACAGUGACCUCUCCUACAGCAUCGUGGACGGAAACGAGGAGGGGAAGUUCUUCAUCGACCCCAAGACAGCUGUGGUAUCAUCGCGCAAAGCCUUCACUGCGGGGAGCUACGACAUCCUGACUAUCAAAGCGACGGACAACGGGCGUCCUCAGAAGUCCUCCACAGCUCGUCUGCACAUCGAGUGGGUCCGCCGACCUCCUCCCUUGACUCUCCCGCUGCUCUUCGACGAGCCAUUCUACAACUUUACUGUCAUGGAGAACGACAAGGUGGCUGAGAUUGUGGGCGUGGUGUCCCUGCAGCAGACUACCGCCCCCUUGUGGUUUGACAUCACAGGUCCCAGGUCUUUCCGUGAGAUGUUCUAUAUUCUGCAGAGCGCUUGUGGCAGGAACUGUUCCUCAGAAGGUGGGAACAGCGACAGCGCGUUCGACGUGGAGAAGGCCGCGGGCACCAUCGUCAUUGCUAAGCCGCUGGAUGCCGAGCAGCGCUCCUUCUACAACCUGACGGUGCAGGCCACAGACGGCACCAACACGGCGUACUCGCAGGUUCACAUCUCGGUGAUGGACUACAAUGACAACGCCCCCCUCUUCUCCCAAUCAACCUAUGAUGUCACCAUCUCCGAAGAUACACCACCAGACACUGAGGUUGUCCAGGUUUUAGCGUCAGACCGUGACGAGCAUCACCAGCUGACCUUCUCUCUGCAGAGCGCGAUAGACCCCAACAGCAUGCGUCUGUUCCGCAUCCACCCGUCCCUGGGCACCAUCUACACUGUUCAGAGGCUGGACCACGAGGCCUGCGCCCAGCACAUCCUCACUGUUGUUGUAAAGGACCAAGAGUUCCCGUAUCGGAAGAACCUGGCUCGUGUGUUGAUAGAGGUGGAAGAUAUAAAUGACCAUGUACCCAUCUUUACUAGUGCACUGUAUGAAGGUCAAGUUUACGAGUCAGCAGCAGUGGGAUCAGCUGUGGUCCAGGUAACUGCCCUUGACAAAGACAAAGGAGAGAAUGCAGAGCUACACUACUUUAUUGAAGCAGGAAACACUGGAAAUGCUUUCAGUAUUGAGCCAGUUUUGGGUAUCAUCACUGUUGCACGUGACUUGGAUUUGUCCAACAUAGGCCAUUAUGUUCUCACUGUCAGGGUCACCGAUAAUGGCUCCCCUCCCUUGUCCACCACCACUGUAGUGCGUAUCACCGUCACCCUCUCUGACAAUGCAGGUCCAAAGUUCCCUCAGCCUGAGUACCAAGCUGAGAUCUCAGAGAAGGCAGUGACUGGAACAUCUGUUACCACAGUCAACGCAGUCAGUCAGUCCACCCUCACUUAUGACAUUAAACAAGGAAACGCAGCCCGUGUUUUUCAAAUUAAUCAAUACAGCGGAGUGAUAACUACUCAAAAGCCUCUAGACUUUGAGACUUCAGCAUCUUACACCCUAACAGUCCGGGCUACCAACAUGGCUGGCAUGGCCUCGAAUUCUACUCUGUUAAUUCAGGUUGUGGAUGAAAAUGACAACCCCCCAGUGUUUCAGCUGCUUCAUUAUCAUGGUAGCAUCAGUGAAGCGGCACCAGUCAACAGUGUAGUCUUGGACUCAGAUGGCUCACCGUUAGUAAUAAAGGCUAUUGAUGCUGAUCGUAACCAAAAUGCUCUGUUGGUUUACCAGAUUGUUGAGGACACAGCAAAGAUGUUCUUUACAGUAGACUCAGGAACUGGCUCCAUCCGAACUAUUGCUAAUCUAGACCACGAGACGUUUGCCACUUUCCACUUCCAUGUCCAUGUCAGGGACAGUGGUAGGCCUCAGUUGACAGCAGACAGUCCAACUGAAGUCACAAUACAAGUGAUUGACACAAACGACUCACCGCCUCUUUUCACCCAGAAUGCCUAUGAAACAAUCCUGCUACUUCCCACCUAUGUAGGAGUAGAGGCAUUGCAGGUUUCAGCCGUAGACCCUGAUAAAGAUGUCCCCACAGAGCUUACCUACUCUCUGACUGAUGGAGCACUGGAAUACUUUGCCAUCAAACCUUCCAGUGGAGUCAUCAUCGUCAAGAACAAUAACUUCUCCAAAGAACGAUUCCGGUUUAGUGUCAGAGUUUCGGAUGGGAAAUUCUCCAGCAUGUCUUCAGUCACCAUACUUGUCCGAGAAGCUCUGGAUUCCGGCCUCAGCUUCACCCAGAGCCUUUACUCUUCAUCUAUUCAAGAGAAUGUGUCAAAUAUCACCAAAGUGGCUGUGGUCAAUGCUGUUGGAAACCGUCUCAAUGAACCACUGAAAUACACCUUGCUGAAUGCUGGUAACCGCUUUAGAAUUCGUCCUACUUCGGGCGUGAUCCAAACCACAGGUAUACCGUUUGACCGCGAAGAGCAAGAGUUUUAUGAACUGGUUAUUGAGGCAAGAAGAGAGCAUGACCAUCUGCAUGUGGCCAGAGUCAUGGUGAGAGUUCAAGUUGAGGACAUCAACGACAAUGCCCCUGUGUUUGUUGGACUUCCAUAUUAUGCAGCCGUUCAAGUAGAAGCUGAGCCAGGAUCACCCAUUUUCAAAGUCAUGGCAGUAGACAGCGACAAAGGCAUUAAUGGAGAGGUAUCUUACUAUCUAAAGGAUGACCAUGGUCACUUUGAGAUCAACCGACAGACAGGUGGUCUUACCCUCAAGAAGUCUUUUGAAUCUGACCUGUCCAACGUGGAAUACCAGAUGGUGAUAUAUGCCAGAGACGGUGGUUAUCCACCUCUUUCAACUACAAUAGAGUUUCCAAUCACUGUAGUCAACAAAGCCAUGCCUGUAUUUGACAAAUCGUUUUAUUCUGUUUCUGUGAAUGAGGACGUGGCUGUGCACACACCUAUCCUCGGCAUCAAUGCCACUAGUCCAGAAGGUCAGAACAUCAUCUACACGAUAGUUGACGGCGAUCCAUCUCUUCAGUUUGACAUUGGUUUUGACACUGGAGUCAUAAGUGUCAUCCACUCUUUGGACUAUGAAGCAGCAGCAUCUUACCACCUGACCAUCAGAGCUACAGACUAUCUAACUGGUGCCCGUGCUGAGGUUGACGUUGAUGUGAUAGUCCUGGAUGUAAAUGAUAACCCUCCCAUCUUUCAGAAGAUGUCCUACAGAGUUGUUUUGUCAGAAACAGCCAUGAUUGGAACCCCAGCACUUCAAGUCAUUGCCAAUGAUAGAGACUCAGAGAAGAACAGUGCUGUCCGCUACCAGAUCUUCUCUGAUGCACACAACAGCACAGACUAUUUUCACAUUGAUAGUAGCAGUGGAUUAAUCCUCACAGCCCGUAUGCUAGACCAUGAACUACACCAGAAGUAUGAGUUCAUUGUCAAGGCCACUGAUAAUGGCUUCCCACCACUAAGCAGUGAAGUAUCGGUCGUAGUUGUUGUGAAUGACAUGAACGACAAUCCUCCAGUUUUCAACCAGCUUCUCUAUGAGUCAUAUGUGAAUGAAUUAGCACCCAGAGGUCACUUUGUAACCUGUGUUCAGGCCUCAGAUGCAGACAGCUCAGAUUUUGACAAAUUGGAAUACGGCAUCCUGUCAGGAAAUGAAAAAAUGAACUUUGUUAUGGAUAAAAAGACUGGAAUCAUCACGUUGUCUAGUCACCAAAAGCAGAGAAUGGAGCCUGUCCACAGCCUCAAUGUUUCAGUAUCUGAUGGGGUGUUCACCAGCACUGCACAGGUUCAUGUUAAGGUGUUGGAAGCCAACCUGUACAGUCCAGUGUUUGGGCAAAAUGCAUAUGAGGCAGACCUAAGAGAGAAUGCUGCUGUAGGAACCAAGGUUAUACAGGUAAAGGCGACAGAUGCAGACCCUGGAAUAUUCGGCUACAUCACUUAUUCUUUUGUUAAUGAUGUGGGAAAAGACCAGUUCAACAUUGAUGCCAGUGGUCAGAUCACCACCGUAGAAAAGCUUGAUCGUGAGGACCCAGCUAAUAAGAAUAUCAUCCUGACAAUAGCAGCCCGGGACUAUGGCGGACGUGCCUCUUUCUGCACAGUACAAGUUACUCUGUUGGAUGAUAAUGAUAAUGUGCCUCGAUUCCACGCUACAGAGUACAGGGCUUCCGUCAAAUCUGAUGUGACUAAAGGAUUUUUGGUGACACAGAUUCAGGCUCAUGACCCCGAUGAUGGAACAAACGCCAAAGUAACAUACUCGCUUUACAGUGAGGCACAUGUUCCUGUGGUAGAUAUUUUAGAGAUCGACCCAGACAAUGGUUGGAUGGUGACUAAAGGCAGCUUCAGCCACUUGAGAAACUCUGUAUUAUCUUUUUUUGUGAAAGCUGUGGAUGGGGGGAAUCCAGUCCGACACUCUCUAGUGUCCGUUUACAUCCAUGUUCUUUCUCCAGAUGCCGUCAUUCCUCACUUCAGUCAACAUCAGUAUUCAUUUAGCAUUCCAGAGGAUACCCCCAUAGGCAUAGCAAUGGGUACAGUGCGCAUUAACCUUCCACCUGGACAUGACCCACUAACCGCUACCUUUGCCCUAGUUAAUGGAGAGACUGGAGAAAACAACCAAGAUGUGGUGUUUUUGGUGGAAAAGGACACUGGUGUGAUUAAGCUUGAUAAGUCCUUGGACUUUGAGGUGAUCAGAGAGUAUCAUUUCAAAAUAACUGCCACUGUACAACAGGCUAAGCUAGAUUCUGUGACUACUGUUGAUGUUGAAGUCAAAGUGUUGGAUCUAAACGACAACAAACCAGCCUUUGAAGCCAACUCCUAUGAGGCCACAGUUAUGGAGGGAAUGUCCGUUGGUACUAGAAUUAUUCAAGUCCAAGCGCUAGACCCGGACUCUGGCGCUAAUGGCCAGGUGACAUACAGUCUUGGGGCAUUAAUCCAGUCUGAAGGAGAUUCAGACACACUGGGUGGAACCUUCAGCAUUGAUAGUAACACUGGCUGGAUUUCAACACGUAAGGACCUGGACCAUGAAACGAAUCCAUCCUACACCUUCACAGUUGUGGCGUAUGAUCUAGGAGAAACCGUGUCUCUUUCCAGUACCACCACUGUGACUGUGGUAGUAUCAGACAUCAACGACAACCCGCCCAGGUUUUUGGAGCUGCACUACUUUGGUUCAGUUCAGGAGAGUGACCCGCCCGGCGAGGUCGUGGCAGUGCUGAACACCAGAGAUGAUGACAGCUCUGCUGUUAACCGUCAAGUCAGCUACCACAUCACAGGCGGGAACUACCGUGGUGUGUUUGCACUGGGCCUGGUUCAGGGUGAAUGGAAGAUGUACGUGAAAGGGCUGCUGGACCGGGAGGAACGCAACCGCUACAUCAUCAAUGUCACUGCCAGCGACGGACUCUUUGUUUCCCAGGCAACAGUGGAAAUCACGGUGAUAGACACCAAUGACAACAGUCCUGUCUGUAACCAGGCUGUGUACACUGCCUCCGUCCCAGAGGACCUCCCAGUCAACAGUGUGCUGCUGAGGGUUGGAGCUACAGAUGCAGAUAUGGGGAUCAGUGCUUGGAUCCAGUUCUCCUUACAUGGUCCUAGUUCCCAGGACUUCAGCAUAGACCCAGACACUGGUGAAAUCAAGUCAUCUGUGACUCUGGACCAUGAAAUGACGCCCAACUACCAUCUGGUUGCACAGGCAACCGAUGGUGGUGGGAGGUGGUGCCGUGCUGAGGUGCAGCUUGUAGUGACCGAUGUGAAUGACAAUCCGCCCAUCUUCACACUGCAACAGUACACUGCCAGUGUGUAUGAAGACACAGCCACCAAAGCCCUGCUCACCCGCAUCCAGGCCAUAGACCCCGAUGAAGCAGGUCCAGGCAGGAUGGUGAUCUACUCGCUGGCUGACUCCGCAGGAGGAACCUUUUCCAUCGAUAAAUCCUCCGGCAUCGUGGUCCUGGAACGUGUUCUUGACCGCGAGGUGCAGCCAGCUUAUCAGAUAAUAGUCCGCGCAUCAGACCAGGGCCCGCCGCUGCCUCUCUCCUCACUGGUUAACGUGACCAUCACUGUUCUCGACAUCAAUGACAACCCGCCUGUGUUCGAGCGCCGCGACCAGCUGGCGACUGUGCGAGAGGAUGUGGGAGUGGGCACUGAGGUUCUGAGAGUUUACGCUGCGAGCAAGGACAUCGGAACCAAUGCGGAGAUCACUUACAGUAUCCGAUCAGGCAACGAGCAUGGGAAGUUUCAUAUUCACCCACUGACUGGAGCCAUUUUGGUGGCCCAGCCUCUGGACUAUGAGACCUGCAGGGACUACUUCCUGACAGUGGAGGCUCGCGAUGGCGGCACGCCACCGCUGAGUGCCAUUACCACCGUGAACAUAAACCUGACCGAUGUCAACGACAACGCUCCGAUGUUUAGCCGCGACCUUUACAGUGCGGUGGUGUCAGAGGACUCCACCAUUGGAGACUCUGUAGUCCAGCUGGUAGCAGAGGAUGUGGACAGUCAAGUGAACGGCGCCAUCCUCUACUCCAUCGUCAGCGGGGACCGAGACAACCAGUUCUUCAUCGACCCGCUCAGUGGGGUCAUCAAAGUCAACAAACACCUGGACCGUGAAACCGUUCCCAGCUACUCACUGGCCAUCAGAGCUCUGGACAGCGGAGCACCGCCCAUGUCCUCCACCGCCAUGGUCAACAUAGACAUAUCUGACAUCAACGACAACCCGCCCACCUUCUCCCCGGCCAACCUCACCACUGUCAUACAGGAAAACAAGCCAAUCGGCACCACCAUCCUGCAGUUGUCUGUCAUUGAUCAAGACUCCUCCCACAACGGCCCGCCUUUUGACUUCCGCAUCCUGUCGGGUAAUGACGGUGCAGAGUUUGUGCUGGAGAACGAUGGAACACUGGUGGCCAAUCACGUGUUCAGAAGAGACCUGGCAACUAAAUAUGUUCUUCACAUACAGGUGAAAGACUCAGGGAAGCCUCAGCUGUCCUCGUCCUCCACACUCACUGUCCGGGUGAUAGAGGAGAGCCUCCACCGGCCAGUGGCGUUACCUCUGGAGGUUCAUAUCAUCACCAUGGAGGAUGAGUUUCCGGGCGGUGUGAUUGGUCAGCUUCACGCCACCGACGCUGACCCUUAUGAUGCGCUCACCUUCGGCCACGCUCCUCCAGCCCAACGCAGUCUCUUUAAGAUCAGUCCUCGAGAUGGGAAGAUCAUCGCCCUGGGCGGGUUGGAUGCGGGCAGGUACUCCCUGAACGCCAGUGUGAGCGACGGCCGCUUCGCUGUGCCCGUGCCGGUGAGCGUGCAUGUGGAGCAGGCCACGCCGGAGAUGCUGCGCGAGGCGGUGACGGUGCGCUUUGAAAGCGUCGCGCCACAAGACUUCGUGGCGUCGCACCUGAAGAGUGUGUUGAAGGUGCUCCAGCAGGCCGCCGCCUCCCAGCAGCACGACAAGCUGCACCUGCUCAGUUUGCAGCCGGUUGGAGGGACACAACAGCUGGACUUGCUGGUCGCCAUGGAAACAGUGGGGGGCGGUUACUACAAGGCAGCCUACCUCACCCAGAAACUGAGCGCCUCGCGGCGGCAGCUGGAGGAGGUCCUCAGGGUGUCGGCUAUCCUGGACAAGAACUGCUCCGGGCUGGAGUGUCGAGGCGCACAGUGUGAGCAGAGCAUCAUCCUGGACUCACACAACCUGGCUACGUACAGCACUCCGCGGGUCAGCUUCGUCUCGCCACGCUUCCAGCGGACAUCGCGCUGCACAUGCAAUGAUGCCACCUGUGCUGUCCUGACUGAACAGUGUGAGGACCAGCCUUGUCCAGCAGACAUGCAGUGUGUUUCAGUCGAAGCCACCAGAGGGCGAUACGCAUGCCAAUGUCCACCAGGCAAACUGGGAGAGUGUGCAGGCCAUUCGUCUCUGAGCUUCUCUGGUAACAGCUACAUCAAGUACAGACUGUCUGACCGAGUGCAGACGGAGCUGAAACUCAGCCUGAGGAUACGAACGCUCCAGAACCGAGGGAUCAUCAUGUAUACUCACACUGAGCCCUGCACUGUGCUCAAGCUGGAGGAGGGAAAGCUGUGGUUCCAGCUGGCCUGUGGCCUUGGCGGCAGCGGCGGUGGAGGCAGUGACAAUCCCAACAUGUUGGGCAUCUCGGGCCGACGCAUCAGCGACGGCAGCUGGCACACUGUGGCGCUGGAGCUCAACCGCAACUUCAGCAGCCUGGCUCUGGAUGACAGCUACGUUGAGCAGCGCCGCGGGCCGCCGUUCAUGCAGCCGCUCUCUCCGGACAGAACCAUCUACUUUGGAGCACUGGUGCAGCACCCAAACUCUCGCAGCCUCAUGGACUCCCAGAAGGACCCGCGGGUGCUGGAAGGGUUCCAGGGCUGCCUGGACUCAGUCAUGCUCAACAACAACGAGCUGCCGCUGCAGAACAAACGCUCGCGUUACGCCGAGGUGGUGGGUCUGACGGAGCUGAAGCUCGGCUGCAUCCUCUACCCGGACGCCUGCCUGCAGCAGCCCUGUCGCAAUGGAGCCACUUGCACCAGCUUGCCCUCUGGUGGAUUCUCAUGCAGCUGCAACCCACAGUUCACGGGCGCGCGCUGCGAGCUGGAGAUAACGGCGUGUGUUCCCAACCCCUGUCACAACGGUGGCGUGUGCAAGGCCAUCGGCAACGCUUUCCUCUGCAGUUGCAGGAGAGGAUUCAAGGGUUUGAACUGUGAGGAAGAUGUGAAUGAAUGUGACCGCAACAAUCCCGAGGGCGAGUGUGAGAACGGCGGCGCCUGUGUCAACACUCACGGCUCCUUCUACUGUAACUGCACAGCAGGCUUCGUGGGCCAGCGCUGCAGCCUGCGCCCUGUCGUCGUCCCCAACAUGCAGGCGGGCCACGCUGUCGUCGGGAAAGAGGAGCUGAUCGGCAUCGCCGUGGUGCUCUUUGUUAUCAUCACCCUCAUCAUCCUCUUCAUCGCGUUCCGCAAGAAGGUUUUCCAGAAGAACUACUCCCGGAACAACCUGUCUCUGGUCCAGGACCCAGCCACGGCGGCGCUCCUCAACAAAGCCAAUGGUGUCCAGUUUAAGACCCUCCACUGUUCACCUGGAGACCCCAUCAACCUGUACUCGGAGCCAGUGAUGGGGAGCGGCGGGAUGAUGGGGCCACCGCAGGUCCCCGUGAGGCCCAUGGCUUACACGCCGUGUUUCCAAGGAGACCCACGCUCCACGCUGGAGAAGAUGGUGGAUGGACGCGGUGUGGAGCACACGGAGAUGAGCACCUUCCACCCAGAGUCACCCAGAAUUCUGUCAGGAACCAUGAGAAGAGGGGUGGUGGUGUGCAGCGUGGCCCCGAACCUGCCGCCAGUGUCUCCCUGUCGCUCAGACUGUGACUCCAUACACAAAAGCCCGUGGGACAGCGAUGAGGGUAAGAUGGUUGACAUGGCAGAAGAGGUCACAUGCUUCUCAGGCAGCAACAAAGGCAGUAACUCCGAGGUGCAGUCUCUGAGCUCGUUCCAGUCGGACUCCUGUGAUGACAACGCCUCCAUAGUGACCGUCAUUCGACUGGUCAAUGAUGCAGUCGACACAAUCGAAAGUGAAGUGUCUGUCAUGGACCAAGGUCAAACCUACAACAGAGCAUAUCACUGGGACACGUCAGACUGGAUGCCUAGCACCAGGCUGUCAGACAUUGAGGAGGCGCCAGCCUAUGAGGCCGGUCCUGGCAGCGAGGUAUCAGGCUCGGCCCGCCGUCUUGGAGGAAGCACCCGCGAACUGGAGUCCGACUACUACCUGGGGGGCUUUGACAUUGAUAGUGACUACCCUCCUCCCCAUGAAGAAGAGUUCAUGAGCCAAGACCAGCUGCCACCUCCGCUACCCGUGGGUGAGGACUAUCCGGAGCCCUACACGCCGCUACCCACCAAUCCGCCAGUCUCCAAGGAGAGCACUCUGAGCUCCGGGAGCACUGGGCGUCAGCAUUCCAGGCCAAACUUCCAUCCCAGCCAAUAUCUGCCUCCCCAUCAGCUGCCUCUUGGGGAGGCGCCACAAGGGGACUUUGGCACUUGUGGCGUAACGCCAGGUAAUGGGGACACUGAUGACUCUGUGUCCCUGAACAUGCGACUGUCUGUCGGUGCGUCGUCGGCCUCAGACAUGUCGGUGCCAGGCGGGCUGGAAGAUUCUGAACACGGCAGCGAUUUCGACAGUAUGGACGAGCUUCGCCGCGGGGUGACGAUCACCACGGAGUCUCAGCAACAGACUGAGGUGUGACUGACCGGUCCCUCCAGGGAUGAUAUAAGGGCAUAAAAGUAGUGCAGUUGUCAGGAGAAGCACAGACGGAUGCUUCGUCAAGAACAAUAGGUUCUGCUACAAACACGUAUUGUCAGAAUGACCUUUUAAUCGCAAUAUCUUUGUUUUACAGUACCAAAUACAACAGAUUUACUGUUAGUAGUCCCGUCUCCACCGUGCAGAACUGUCCAGUUCCAAUAGGGAGUCAUUUGUGAUGUGAAAAGAAUGGUGUAGAGAAUGUCAGUAAGAAAGACUAAUGCAGCAGAGAGAGACGUGUACAGAGGUGCUCGAGAAGAACUGAAAGGUAAGAAAGGAAAAUCAGGAAUGUGAAAAGAUUGUGUAGUUGCCCGCUCCCUCACAGAUGCCCAUCAGACCAAUUCUUUUUAAAAAGAGAAACCCCCAGUUUCCCUCUUUUUCCUUCUUGGAUUUGUAAAUUUUGUAGCGCUCCAAGCUUGUACAGACUUUGUAAAAUAGGAUGACCUUGCAGGUGAAAAAGUAUGAAAUAAUGUUCUGGCCACAUUUCAAAAAGCCAUUUCUUAGUUUUGAUGUGGAAUGUGCUUGCCUCUUUUUGUUCCCCGUAAGUAUUAAGUCUCUCAUUGAGACGUGACAUUUCGCUGAUUCACCCUCAUUAGCACAGAAUGUUAUGUGUGUCAUUGAUCUUUCAUAUCUCUCGCUUUGUGUUGCGUGGAAGCCAAAAGCUAAUGGAAUGAUGUAUUUUAAGGCCUAUUAGACCAAGAUCACACAUCAAACUUGUCUCCAGAUAAAACGCGGUGUCUACAUUUACCUUUUAAAGACAGGAUCAUCAUUGAAUUGUAAUAUCAACUCGACAGGUUUCUGAGAGACAGUUAUUAUGGAACAUGAAGCUAAGUAAAGUAACUACAGCGCACUGCCUGAAAUAACAACAGUAAAGUCGUAAUAAUGCUUAAUUUUGCUGGACUUCAUUAUUGUAAUGGAGUUUUUUUUUCUAUAUUGUCGAAUUUAGGGUCUGAAUAAUCUCAAUAUCAAUGUUUUAUGUGGUGAAAAUGACAUAUUUAAGACAUGGUUGUGACAAAACUGUUUACCUUCAGAAAACAAUAUUGGCAA